AAUGGCCUCCAAGAUCCCCGAAGCGCGCGGGCGCGCGCGUUUUAGGUGGCGCAAGCUACCGCCAAUUACAGAAAGUAUAGCCGUAGUAACAUUCAUCCAUCUAAACGACUAAAAAAAAAAAAAAGUCAACAACGCCAUUUUUAAAGCUCUCAUCAGAGUGCGGGUGGCGUGAGUACAGUUGGUACGGUUGGUACAGUGUGCGUGAACUGUGGCUCCACGUGCGUGUAGGUGCGUGAUAGCGGUGCCGGUGCCAGAGAGUCAUGGACGGCUCAGUGGAUUUGGAAGUUCGCUCUAAAGGUGACGGGUCCAAGGUGUCCGAACGGCUGUUCUCGCGGGGUGCCCACGCCCAAGGAGACGUGCUGCUCGUCGAAAGCCCCCUGGCCUCUGUCCAGUUCGCUUGGAACCGUGCCUGCAGGUACGCCGCCUGCGACCUCUGCCUGCGUCCCCUGGAGACCGCCGAGGAGAACGUGCAGCGCCUAGCUGCCAAGCCGGGCCUCCGCCUGCCUUGGCCGCAGUGCUGCUCCACGCGGCCGCAGGAGCACGUCUCGUGCCCUGCCUGCCAGGUGCUCUACUGCAGCGAUGCCUGCAGGGCUCGGGCUUGGGCGCUGCACCACCGGGUGCUGUGCACCGCUGGCAGGGACCCUCCGCAGCCGUUGGAGAGGCUCACGGAGGCCUGGAAGGAGCUGCACCACCCACCGGAGACGACGAGCGUGCUGCUGGCGGUGCGCCUGCUGGCCCGAAUGGCCCAGGCGGAGGACGGGGCCGCCCUGGCAACCGCCCUGGGACGCCUGACGCCCGGCCUGGGACCCCGGGAACGAGAGGACACCCUGGCCCGGCUGCUCGGCCCCGAGUGGCGGGACCGGCUGGCCCUGCUCCGCCGGCUGAUCCUCGACGUGUUCCAAGGACACCCCCGCGUCGGCCAGUGGACGGCCCCCGAGGACUUCGAGUUGCUGGUGGCCCUGCUGGUCAAGAGGGGCCAAUCCAUCGGCACCAGUGCCCUGAGCGUCUGGGCAAGGAACGUCGACGAGCUGGAGCUGCCUCCGAGCGAGCGUGCUGCCCUGGACUCGGCCGUGGAGGAGAUCUACGACGACAUAGAGAGGGAGUCCGGAGUGUUCCUGAACAACGAAGGCUGUGGCCUGUACCCACUGCAGAGCCUCUGUGCGCACAGCUGCUGCCCCAACGCAGAGGCCAGGUUCCUGCACAACGACCACACCCUUUCUCUGGUGGCCUUGAGGGACAUCCGGCCGGGAGAGGAGGUGACAGUGUCCUACAUAGACGAGUGCAGCCUGAGCAGGAGCCGGCACAGCCGCAUCAAGAUGCUCAGGGAGAGCCACCUGUUCACCUGCACCUGCCCGCGCUGCGAGGAGGAGGCCACGCAGCAGCCGGACGUGACCAGCGACGAGGAGAUGGAAGACUCGAGCGACGCGGAGGAAGCGUGCUCUUGAGCCUUUCUGGGAAAUCUGUAGCACCAUUAAACUGCGUACGUACCGGGC